GCUUGUUGUGUUUAUUUUGAAGGGACAUGAAAUAGUUUGCUGCAUUCUCUCCCCUGGCUCGCACCCUGAUUAUAUUUAUAUGUAUAUGUAUUUACAGCCCUUUAAUUGACGCCAAUAUUAUGUGCGUUUGGUUUUUUGCUUCAUGACUUACAAGUGUUUGGAGACGGUGGUGCGACAGAGCUGCUGCUGCUGCUGCGGCUGCUUCCUACUGCUGCGACUUGACUCGAGUGUCCGGCUCCAAUCCUUGUGAUAUGUUGGACAUGGGGGAUAGGAAGGAAGUUAAAAUGAUCCCCAAGUCGUCGUUCAGUAUCAACAGCCUAGUGCCUGAAGCCGUGCAAAAUGACAACCAUCCCCAGCCGCACCAUCACCACCACCACCACCUGCAACUGCCGCAGCAGUCGCACCAUCUCCAGCCCCACCACCGGCCGCUACAGGAGGAGGACGAGCUGGACAAGAGCCUCCUGGAAGUGAAGACAGAGAGCCUCCCCCCGGGUAAGGGAGACCCGGCUGCCUCCGAGCUGCCCGGGGAGGACAAGGAGAAGAGUGAGGACAAGAAGGCGGAUGGUGGCGGCGGCAAAGAUGGGGAGAAUGGGAAGGAAGGGGGCGAGAAGAAGAACGGCAAGUACGAGAAGCCCCCCUUUUCCUACAAUGCCCUGAUCAUGAUGGCUAUCCGCCAGAGCCCGGAGAAGCGCCUCACCCUCAAUGGCAUCUACGAGUUCAUCAUGAAGAACUUCCCCUACUACCGGGAGAACAAGCAGGGCUGGCAGAACUCCAUCCGCCACAACCUCAGCCUCAACAAGUGCUUCGUCAAGGUGCCCCGCCACUACGAUGACCCCGGCAAGGGCAACUACUGGAUGUUGGACCCCAGCAGCGACGAUGUGUUCAUUGGUGGGACCACUGGGAAACUGCGCAGGAGAUCUACCACCUCCAGGGCUAAACUGGCGUUCAAGCGGGGAGCCAGGCUCACCUCCACCGGGCUGACAUUUAUGGAUAGAGCCGGCUCCCUGUACUGGCCUAUGUCCCCUUUCCUUUCCUUGCACCACCCCCGGGCCAGCAGCGCCCUCAGCUACAAUGGGACCACCUCAGCCUACCCUAGCCACCCCAUGCCCUACAGCUCAGUCUUGACUCAGAACUCACUGGGGAGCAACCAUUCUUUUUCUACGUCGAAUGGCUUGAGCGUAGACAGACUGGUCAACGGAGAGAUCCCUUAUGCCACCCACCAUCUCACUGCAGCCGCCCUGGCUGCCUCGGUGCCAUGUGGCCUCCCGGUGCCUUGCUCGGGCACCUACUCCCUUAACCCUUGCUCUGUCAACCUUCUCGCUGGACAAACGGGCUACUUUUUCCCCCAUGUACCUCACCCCUCUAUAACCUCUCAAAGCAGCACUUCUAUGGCAGCCAGGGCGGCUUCCUCUUCCACCUCCCCCCAGGCUCCCUCCACUCUGCCCUGUGAGUCCCUCAGACCUGCCUUGCCAAGCUUCACAACAGGACUCUCAGGAGGACUCUCAGAUUAUUUCACACAUCAAAAUCAGGGCUCUUCGUCCAACUCUUUGAUACAUUAACAUCACCCUGGGACAAGACUGUAAGUGAACGUUUUACACACAUUUCCAUUGUACAUGAGAAGUGAAAGGAAAAAAAAAAAAAAAGCAAGCGAACAAAAAAACAAAAAAAAAAA